CACACACUAACCCAUGCAAUAUUCUCAUCACGUAGUGUGUUUUUUCUUCUAAUCUUAUACGUAUAAAAAGAAAGAAAAAAGAAAGAGAGAACCUGCAGGCAGAUCAAGCUGUACUAAAAAUGCUUGAUUGGGAUCGUUGGCUGGUGAAAUGGCGAGUACAAUUUCGGGGGAGGGAAUGGAACUUCGUGGACAUAGCCACUUUCACUAGCCUCGUCUUCUUGCACUUCCUUUCUCUUUUUGCGCCAUUUUACUUCACCUGGACUGCGUUUUGGCUGGCCAUUGCGCUCUACUUUGUCUCAGGUGUCGGUGUAACCCUUUCGUUCCAUAGGAAUCUCUCCCACAGAAGCUUUAAGCUUCCCAGAUGGCUCGAGUACUUCUUUGCCUAUUGUGGGGUUUUAUCACUUCAGAGGAGUCCACUUGAUUGGGUGAGCGUACACAGAUCCCACCAUCAAUUUACAGAAACAGUGAAAGACCCUCAUAGCCCAGUGAGAGGAUUCUGGUUUAGUCAUGUUGGUUGGGCACUCGAUUACCGUGGUCGAAAUGGAAGUUAUGACGCACGACUAAAGAAUGUUGGAGAUUUGAAAAGACAACCAUACUAUAUAUUUCUCCAUUAUACAUACCCUCUUCAUUAUGCUGCUCUCGGAGUUCUAUUGUACUUUGUUGGAGGAAUGCCCUUUUUGGUUUGGGGAAUGGGAGUAAGGACGGUGCUUUUUCUCCAUGCUACAUUUGGAAUAAACUCAAUUUGCCAUACAUGGGGAAAACAAGUAUGGGAAACUGGUGAUUUAUCCAGAAACAACUGGUUGAUUGGAUUGCUGGCACAUGGAGAAGGUUGGCAUAAUAAUCACCAUGCUUUUCAGCACUCAGCUCGACACGGCUUGGAAUGGUGGCAAAUUGAUGUUACUUGGUAUGUCAUAAGAUUUCUUGAACUUGUGGGUUUGGCAACAGAAGUGAAGCUUCCAACUGAGACUCAGAAGAAACAAAGAGCUUUAAGCAACAAAAUGAUCCAUGAGGAGAAGCAGCAGCAGCUUGAAACAAAAGUCCAAAAUGGCAAGCUUUGAAAAACUGCUAUCACAAUGGGAUGGAUCUAUAUAUGAGUACUAUUUACUGUCUUAAAAAAAAUAAAAAAAGUAUGUUUGGACUUUGGAUUGUUAAGAUAUAAAUCCUGGUGAUCGAGAUUAGGUGUUUGUCUUGUUCUUUGUGAUGUAUGUCAACAAUAAUUUUGGUGAAAUUAUUGUUUGUCUUGUGAGUGAGAGCACUGUCAUACUUGUGGGUAAAUUAUUAUGUGAAUCAUGUAAAACGUGAAGGUGUUGUAAGAAUUAUUUUCCAUUUGAUGCAUGUUAUAUGUGCAUAAAGCUCAUUCCUCA